AUGGCUCUUCACAUAUGAAUUGCAUUUUUCAUUUUUGGUUGCGCAUAUAGUCAAGAUUCCUCCUCAAUUGAACCAAUCAGUGAAAUUUUGGAAGAAAAUGACGUUUGGGUUUUAUCUGAUUCAAAUUUUGAAGACGCCUUAAAUGCUCAGCCUAACCUCCUAGUAGAAUUUUAUGCCCCUUGGUGUGGCCAUUGCAAAAACCUAGCUCCUCACUAUGCCAAAGCCGCUUCUAGACUAAAAGAUAGCAUCCCUCCUAUCAGAAUUGCCAAGGUAGAUGCUACAGUCAGCAAAAAUCUCGCCGAAAAGUAUGGUGUAACCGGAUAUCCUACUUUAAAAUAUUUCGAAAAUAAAGUACCAACUAAUUAUGAUGGAGGAAGAACAGAAGACUCAAUUGUCACUUGGGUUUUAAAAAAAUCAGGCAUAACUUAUACUGUUAUUAGUGACUAUUUCCAUUUACAAAGAAAGCUUGAUAAAGCUAGAGUCGCUGUUGUAUUAUUCUCAAAGCUUGACUCUCCUGAACUGAGGCAUUUUGAUUACGUCACAAAAUACUUAGAAGGCGUCGAAUUUAUAGUUUCUACAGACCCAGUAGCACUGGCCCGUUUUGAGACCAAAGAGCCUUCAAUUAUCCUUUUCAAACAAUUUGACGAAAAAAGAAAUAAUUUUGAUGGAAAAUUCAAACAUGCAGAAAUCGCUAAAUUUAUAGAGAAAAAUAAAAAACCACUUGUAAAUGAGUUUAAUGAUGAAGAUUGGAGAAAAAGUUUUGACGAGAAAAUCCCUGUUUUUCUUUUAAUUUGUAAUAAAGAUGACUAUGAACAGUAUAAAGAAGACUUGUAUGCAGUUGCCAAAAAAUAUAGCAAAAAUAUGAUGUUCUUGUAUGGGGAUAUUUCGGAACAAAAUAAUGAAAAUUUAAAAGACUUUUUAGGAUUAGAAGCCAGUGCACAGCCAGCAAUAGCAAUUAUAGAUAAAGGAGAAAUAAGCAAUAAGUUUAUAAGCUCAGAAAUCCCAACUGAAGAAAGCAUGAAAAGCUUUAUUAAAAAGUGGAAAAAGAAAGAAAUUGAGCCAAGCUAUAAGUCACAAGAACUGCCUGCUAAAAAUUAUGUAAAAAAUGUCAGGGUUUUGGUAGGUAAAAAUUUUGAUGAAGUUGUGCUUGAUAAAACUAAAGACGUUUUAGUGUAUUUUUAUUCUCCUUAUUGCAGCCACUGCAAAGAUUUUGAGCCUGUAUACCAAGAUCUUGCUAAAAAGCUCAGCCAUGUCCCAUCACUUGUGCUUGCUAAAAUUGAUUAUACCCAAAAUGAAGCAAAAGAUCAAAUAAUUAAAAGUUUCCCGACUAUUAAAUUCUUCCCUGGAAAAAAGAAAAAAGGAAUUGAAUACGAGUCCUCAAGGAACCUUGAAAGCCUUUUACAGUUCAUCAAAGAAAAAGCUAGCUUUAAGUUUGAUGAGUCUAAGCCAGAUCUUUAA